CGAGAGACAAGCUCCAGUGUGCGAUUAGCACCGCCGGGCUCCUCUGGCGGGUGAGACCCAGCUCCGCUCCGCUCCGCUCCUCCCGGGACGGCUCCGGGCUCGGCAGCCGGCGCUCCCCGGUGCCCGCGGCUCGGCUCAGGGAGAGGCAGGGGGCGCGCGGGGGGCAGAAAGUUUAGCACAACUUUUUGGGAGCUUCUUUUAUCUCUCCCCCCCCCCACCGAGCCCCAAGCCCUGCUCCCCGCGAUGCCCUCCGCCUACACCCAGCGCUCCCUGGCCGUGCUGCUGCUCUUCGGCACGCUGGCGGCCCUCAUGGCGGUGCUCGCCUCCAUCCUCAUCUUCCAGCUCCAGGCGGGCCGGGCCCGGGCCGGCCCCCCCAGCGCCGUCUCGGAGCGGGUGGCCGGGGUGCUGCUGCCGGUCUCGGCCGUGCUGGCCGCCCUGUGCCUGGUGCUCAACGUCAGCUGCCUCCUGCUCUGCCUCCUGCACAGCUACUUCAGCGCCGAGGCGUGCCGGGGAGCCGCGGAGCCGGACAGAGCUGACUGGUUCCUGUUGGACAGCCGCAUGAUUCGGCAUGUUGCCAUUGGCUUGUUCUGCUGCGGUGUUUCCGUCUAUUUAGCAGCUCUCUCCAUCUACAUGCUGCUGCUCUUUGAAAUCGAGACCGGCAUAACCAGCGCCUGCAUCCUGUCCUCCGGGAUCAUCGUCCUGCUGAUCACGGUGAUGCACGCCUUCGUCAGGGCCUCCCAAGCCUCCCGGCGCAGCCAGUCCGAGCUCUGCCGUACCCUCUACGAGAACGACUCCGCCCGGCGCAGCGACACCCCGGCUAGCGACCUCAACAACAGCAAGAACGUGGCUGCAGCCCGUCCGCGGCCAGAGAUCCACCGAGAGUUCUCCUACCCACCGUACAUAGAGCAGAAGCCCCACCUUGCCUCACCAGCCAGAGGCAGCUUCACCUUGCCAGGAAGCCACAGGCCACUGGCUGAGAAGGACUGCUGCAACCUGCCCCGGACACACAGGACGCUGUCGGCAGAGCCAGGCCUGCUGCAGGUACAGGGCAAGCCCUGGAACAGCGUCACCCAGGAGAUGAGGAAUAUUUUGUCACGGAAGCCAGCAGCCUCUGGGAAGGAUUCAACUUUGGUGUGAAGGCUGGAGUAGGGAAGUCUCAUCCCAACACUGCCAAGAUCUGCAUCUCCCUUUAGCCCUUAACAUGGGCCACUCUCCGCUCCGUCCCCACCUGAACAGCUGAGAUACCUGCCCAGGAGCUCGACCAGAUAUUGGGCGAGGGGAACUCUACUGUCCCACCCAAAUAAAAGGGACUUGGUGUCCCUCCUGCCUGGACUGCACUGAGAUGGAGGGGCUUGAGAAGGGUGCAGAGUUUUAAAAUUGUAUCUUACUCCUCCUGAAGGAUUAUAUCAGAGCUCCUUCCUAGCUGGGCUGGGGCUGCCGUUAACCAGCCUAAUGAUUGUAGCGGGCAAUUAGAGCUGGAAAGGUGGCUCUGGAAAAACUACAGCCUGCUGCAUUCUGCCUCUUGCAUCACCCUCCUGUGAGUAAAGAUCCUACCCUGGAAACUCAGGUGAUGCAGGAGACAGAACUGGGCCCAUGACAGCUCUGCAGGAGGGAGAGUCAUCAAACUGCAGGAAAGGGAGUGGGGGUGAGUGGUAGAGUCACUUGUCUGAUUAGAGCUGCACUUCAAAGUCCCCAUCACCCCUUCCCUUCCCUGCCAGGUCGGGUCGGGUCAGCCUGAGCUGGGAGAGGCAGACGGGAACUGGCUCCCCACGGCAAAAUGCCAUUAGCUGCGUGUCAGAAGAGGGCAAAAAAACAACAGCCAGUAUCAGCCAUAGGAGAGCGGCCGUCCUGUGUGCUGCCUUCUCCCGCAGCCCCGUUCCCCUCUGCACUCCAAGUGUUUGUCCUCACUGGUCCCUCUCCAGCCUGCUCCCGUUAUUCCUUAGCUAGCGCUAUGGUGGUUUAGACAGUUCACAUGGAAGACUCGCUCCUCAACACAGCUGCUGUAUGUUACGGUGAAGCAGAGAUUGCUUCCACUCGGAGAGGAAAAACUAGCCACUGCUGGGAGGGGUAAAAGAAGAUGCAGCUGGAGAGUUAGAUUGAGAGAGAGGAGGUUGGAA